AUGGAUGACGCCCUAGUUUGGAUCGAUUGUGAGAUGACCGGCCUGAACCCAGACACGGAGGAGAUUCUGGAAAUCUACUGCAUCCUGACGACGGCCGACCUCGACAUCGUCGACCCCGAGGGCUUCCAUGCCGUCAUCCACUGGCCCAAGUCGCGGCUGGACCAGAUGGACGACUGGUGCACCAACACGCACGGCAAGUCGGGCCUGACGGCGGCCGUCAUCGCCUCGGACACGACGCCCACGCAGGCGGCAGACGCUCUGCACCGCUACAUCACGCGCUUCGUGCCCAGGCCGCGCACGGCGCUGCUGGCGGGCAACAGCGUGCACGCGGACCGAGCGUUCUUGCGAAAGGAGCCGUUCGCAAAGGUCGUGGAGCAUCUGCACUACCGCAUCCUGGACGUCAGCUCCAUCAAGGAGGCUGCCCGGCGGUGGAGCCGGCCAGAGGUGCUGUCGAGGGCGCCGGCCAAGAUGGGGCGCCACAAGGCCAGGGACGACAUUCUGGAGAGCAUCGAGGAGGCGAGGUACUACCGGGACGUGAUUUUCAGGGCAGCCUCAUUGUCGUCAGCGGCCUCUGGGGACAGUGGUUCGUGA